AUGACUUUAGCUAAAAACAAGUCAAGAAAUGAGAGAAGAAUUUACGAGAAGCUUGCUAAUGGUAAAAGUUCUGAAAAUAAAUUUGAAAAUAACAUUGAAGUGAGUUGGGAAGAUGAAGAAUUUAUAAAUUAUGAAGCAACUAGAAUCGGUCCUGGAGAACAUGGUGAACCUGUGAUCGUGUCUGAUCCCGAAGAAUUAUCGGCAAAUGAAGAGUGGGAGAGAAAAGAAGGAUUUUAUGUUGAUGUCAGCAAUAAAAUUUCAGUUAAUCGAUCAUUGCCUGAUCACAGACCAGCUGUUUCUGAAAAUAAAUUUGAAAAUAACAUUGAAGUGAGUUGGGAAGAUGAAGAAUUUAUAAAUUAUGAAGCAACAAGAAUCGGUCCUGGAGAACAUGGUGAACCUGUGAUCGUGUCUGAUCCCGAAGAAUUAUCGGCAAAUGAAGAGUGGGAGAGAAAAGAAGGAUUUUAUGUUGAUGUCAGCAAUAAAAUUUCAGUCAAUCGAUCAUUGCCUGAUCACAGACCAGCUGUUUGUAAGACACAAAAGUACUUCAGAAACCUUCCGAAUGCUUCUGUAAUUGUGGUCUUUCAUAAUGAAAUUCCAAGCGUUCUUCUACGAUGCCUUCAUUCCAUUUACAAUCGUUCACCAAAAACACUUCUUCACGAGAUUGUCUUAGUCAACGACAAGAGUACUUUUCCAGAACUCUACGAACCUAUUCGUGAACAUGUUAAUCGAGAAUUUGGUGACAAAGUUGUAAUGAUUGAGAACAAUGAACGACAAGGGCUUAUCAAAGCUAGAAUGACUGGAGCUUAUGCAUCAUCUGGUGAAGUCAUCAUAUUUAUUGAUUCUCACGUGGAAGUUUACAACUCAUGGCUUCCACCAUUGCUUAAUCCAUUAGUCUUAAAUCCUACAUUUGCAACGGCUGCUAUUAUAGAUGGAAUGAAUCAUAAAACAUUCACACCUAGUUAUUCUGGAAAUGGCUAUCGUGGUCUUUUCGAUUGGAGUUUCAGAUAUCAAUAUCUUCCACUACGAUCGAAGGAUAAGAAAAUCGAAGGCGCUCCUUAUGAACUUCCUAUGCAUGUCGGUGAGUCGUAUGCAAUAAGAAGAGAUCAUUUCUUUUAUCUCGGUGGAUAUGAUGAAGGAUUACUAAUUUGGAACGGAGAAAACUAUGAAUUAUCAUUAAAACUGUGGCUUUGUUCCGGAGGAAUUCUCGCAGUUCCUUGUUCUCGUGUUACACAUUUGUCUAAAACUCAUUCAGCUUAUCGGGAAACAAAAGAAGUUCAUGAUUUUGUUGGUCGAAAUCUUAAACGUGUUGCUGAAGUUUGGCUAGAUGAUUAUAAGCAAUAUUUCUACAAUACGGACAUUAAUCGUUAUAAAGAUCUUGACCCAGGUGAUUUGACACAACAGUUCGAAAAAAAGAAAAGUUUAAACUGCAAACCUUUUCAAUAUUAUCUCGACGAAGUAGCACCUGAAAUGUUGAAAUAUUAUCCGAUAACUCCGCAACACUUUGCAAAUGGGAAAAUUCAAUCAAUGGCUACAGAAAAAUGCAUUGGAUUGGUUGAUAAUCAUUAUCAUAUUCCUGUCCAACUUUAUGAUUGUGAUCGUUCGCAUGGUCUUAAUUUCAUUCUAACAUUCGAGCAAAGAAUUAAAGCUGACGAUAAUAACGAUCAGUGCAUUGAGUCAGAUUUAAAAUUGUCAAAUUGUGUACAUGCAGGAAUAUUUCAGCAGUGGAAGUUUCAUUUUCUGGCUCGACAGAUUUCAUCUCCUUUCAAUAAAUGUUUGACUGCUAAUGGAACUGAAAUUACUUUAAUGAAAUGCGAUCCAAACAUGAUUGAACAGAAGUGGAGAUGGACUUAUGAGAAUAAAACAGCUUUGAUGGAUUGGAAAAAUUCAUGUAUUAAAACAAGUGAUUAA